AUGGACUACCCAAAAGAUUUUGCCGUGGGACAACCACGACACUCAGAUGUUUAUCCGUUCAUUGACCCAAGGGCAAGUCUCAAAGAUGCUGCUCAGGGUAAGACUGUGUUGGUCACGGGAGCCGGUACCGGUAUAGGAAAGGCCAUUGCCGAACAGUUUGCCAUCGCUGGGGCCUCUUCAGUCAUUAUCGCUGGUCGACGGACAGAACCUCUCGAGGAGACAAAAGCAUCAAUUAAACUCCUUGCACCCUCUUGUCAAGUUCUUGUUCGAGGCGGUACCGAUGUUGCGGAUAAAGUGUCUGUCAAGACGCUCAUGGAUAGCCUACCAGAGAUUCCCGAUAUCCUUGUUCACAGCGCCGCAGUGUCACUCUCCACUGCUGCCAUAGACGAGUCCAAUCCUGAUUGGUGGCUGGGCGACAUCGACAACAAUAUCCGAGGCAUGUACAUAAUUACCACGGCGUAUCUCGGCGCCCUCAAGGAGGCGGGUAAGACACAGGCCAGAAUCAUCAACGUGGGCUCGAUUGCAUCAUGGCGCUAUGUCUAUGGACGGUCGUCUUAUGCCGCCUCCAAAGUCGCAAUGAACACCUUCACGGAAUACAUUGACCGGGAGCAGCAGGCAGCAGGCAACGACAUUCGGUGUGUGGUUAUGCACCCUGGAGGAGUCCUUACCGACCUCAUCAAGAACACCGUCGUCCCCGAAGCUAUCAUUGGCAGGAUGAUAGACAAAGCAGAGCUAUCCGGAGCCACUGCCGUCUACCUAAGCACGGAACGAUCCAAUUUCCUCAUGGGCCGAUUUGUGCUCGCCACAUGGGACAUGGAAGAGCUGGAACAGCAGAAAGACAAGAUUCUCAAGCAGGAUCUGCUCAAGACCAGGGUCAUGGGGGUUGAGUGGAGAGACGGCUUUUAG